AUGAGGCGUCUGGUUGUGUUGAGGCUACUACCGUUGGUGUUUCUUUCUGUCUUCAUCGUGAUAUGCAUCUUGAACCUUUCCAUAUUGUUGCCUAGUGGUCGACAGCAUAGAAGUCUUACGGAACCGCUUUUGAAAGUACUCCACGAACAGUCCGAGUCGAAGGAGCAUUUCUGCAGAGCGUACUUUGAGCAAUUGGCUACGAACUUGGAUAGAGACUCGUUGCUUGAGAACGUUUCUGUGAGAAAGCCGUGGAUCAGGACGUUUGUGGGCCAUAUAAGAGCAUAUGGAGCGUGUUUUCUAGCAGGGAACACCGAAUUGGAGGAUGAAAUGGUUACGGGUCUCGAGCAGAAGCUAUUCCCGUUGUUUUCAGGGAAGUAUCCCGUGGUGACGAAAUGGGACGGCACGGUUGAGCCAUCGCCGGAAAAGACCACCAAUUCGUUCUGGGGAAACAGAAAGGCAGCCUUCUCUGGAAGAGGCAUUGUCUUGAGCAUGAGCGAUGCUGGGUUUCAGGAAUCAAAGAGGCUUCUACGGGUGCUUCGGUUCCUAGAGAAUGAUCUCCCGAUACAGAUGGUCCAUAAAGGUGACCUUUCCAAGUCGCUGAUGGAACAGCUAACUCAGGUGGCUAGAUCUGAUAUGGAUCUUGAAUACGCCAAAUCAUCCAUUUGUCCACCACAAGAGAUUUACUUCGUGGACGCCAGUGAGGCGCUUCUGGAGGGUGUUUCAAAGUACUUCAUGCGUUUCUCCAACAAAUGGAUUGCGUCUCUAUUCAACACUUUUGAUGAAAUGAUACUUAUGGAUACAGAUGUGGUGCCGUUUGUUGAACCGUCUGCACUUUUCGGCUACGAAACGUACAAGCAGACUGGAGCUUAUUUCUUCAGGGAUAGACUCACAAAAGAGGCAACAUGGACUACGCCUAUGGCAUUUUUUAGAAGUCUUCAUCCCACUGAAGACGAAAGGAAGGCCUUUCAAUUGAACGACUACAGGCCAAUUGCUGAAAGCACAGGUUUCUUCCAGUCCAAGUCGAAACAUGUAAUGGAAAGUGGAAUGGUAGCAUUAAGAAGAUCCUCCCAUUUCACUGGUCUUCUCAUAUCCACUGCAAUGCAGUUUUGGCACGAAACAAGUGGUCCAUUCUACGGCGACAAGGAACUUUUCUGGCUAGGCCAAGUCUAUGCUGGACAAGAGAAGUUCGCCUUCAACAAGCAUGGUGCUGCUGGUAUUGGUGAACUCACGGAAACCGAGAAGACCUGGAAAGUUUGUUCAGCACAGCCUGCUCAUUUUGACGAUGAAAACAAGCUUCUUUGGAUUAAUGGAGGGUUACAGAAGUGCAAGAAAGGCUUCCACCAAAAAGACUACUCAUCUCUGAAGGCCUUACGGGAGAAGUUCACAUCAGCAGAGGACUUACACGAGUACUACCGUUCUCCUGCUCAUAUUACGGGAGCAGUGAUACCAACGAAGAAACGGGGUUUUGUUCAAGACAGGGCACAAGGGUGUAUUGGAUACCUUUGGUGUGCCUCUGUUCCCAAGGAGGAGGCACUUCUUUCGGUUGUCAUGUUCAGUCCGGAGCAGUUGGACAGAAUCAAACAAAUACAGCAUUUAUGGUAUGGCCCAGAAUACCAAACUUACGAUUUAUAG